GUCUGGAUGCUACUCAGUAUUGAUGACCCAAACUUUCUGCCUCUUCCUGCAGCCACUAAGCACAGCUGGCACCCUGAGCUCCUCUUCUGCCGCUUCCAACAGGUCAAGGAAUAAGGCUCGCUAUCGGACCAAAGCCAUGAGCUCUGAGGUGGAUGAGAGCCUCUUUGGAGAUAUCAAGUCCCCAGCCCAGGGCCAGAGCGACAGCCCCAUUGUGCUGCUCCGAGAUAAGCAUACCCUUCAAAAAACUCUCACUGCUUUGGGCUUGGAUCGCAAGCCAGAGACCAUCCAGCUCAUCACCCGGGACAUGGUCCGAGAACUCAUUGUUCCCACAGAGGAUCCCUCCGGGGAGUCCCUAAUCAUCAGCCCUGAGGAGUUUGAACGAAUCAAAUGGGCAUCCCAUGUCCUGACCAGAGAAGAACUUGAGGCCAGGGACCAGGCCUUCAAGAAGGAGAAGGAAGCCACCAUGGAUGCAGUGAUGUCACGAAAGAAGAUCAUGAAACAGAAGGAGAUGGUGUGGAACAACAACAAGAAGCUCAGUGACCUGGAGGAGGUGGCCAAGGAACGGGCCCAGAACCUCCUGCAGAGAGCCAACAAGCUGCGGAUGGAGCAGGAGGAAGAGCUCAAGGACAUGAGCAAGAUUAUCCUCAAUGCUAAGUGUCAUGCCAUCCGGGAUGCCCAAAUCCUGGAGAAGCAGCAGAUCCAAAAAGAAUUGGACACAGAGGAGAAGCGGUUGGAUCAGAUGAUGGAAGUGGAGCGGCAGAAAUCCAUUCAAAGGCAGGAGGAACUGGACAGGAAGAGGAGGGAGGAAAGAAUUAGAGGAAGGCGGCAAAUUGUGGAACAGAUGGAAAAGAAUCAGGAGGAGCGAUCGCUGCUUGCUGAGCAGCGGGAGCAGGAGAAGGAGCAGAUGCUGGAAUAUAUGGAACAGCUCCAAGAGGAAGAUCUAAAGGACAUGGAACGAAGGCAGCAGCAAAAACUGAAGAUGCAAGCUGAGAUUAAGCGCAUCAAUGAUGAAAACCAGAAACAGAAAGCAGAGCUGCUGGCUCAGGAGAAGCUGGCAGACCAGAUGGUGAUGGAGUUUACCAAGAAGAAGAUGGCUCGAGAAGCAGAGUUUGAGGCUGAGCAGGAGAGAAUCCGGAGGGAGAAAGAGAAGGAGAUCGCCCGCCUGAGGGCCACGCAGGAGAAGGCCCAGGAUUACCAGGCAGAACAGGAUGCCUUGCGGGCCAAGCGCAACCAGGAGGUUGCAGACAGAGAGUGGCGCAGAAAGGAAAAGGAAAAUGCGCAGAAGAAGAUGGAAACAGAGGCCGAGCUGCGAAAAAGUCGGCUCGAACAGGUGGCUUUCAAGGAGCACGCUCUGGCUGUUCAGGUGCAACGGGACCGGGAUGAGUUCGAGAGGAUUCUUCGGGCUCAGAGAGAACAGAUUGAGAAGGAGCGGCUGGAGGAGGAGAAAAAGGCCACAGGGCGCUUACAGCAUGCCAAUGAGCUCCGGCGCCAGGUGCGCGAGAACCAGCAGAAGGAAGUGCAGAACCGGAUUGCCACCUUUGAGGAGGGCCGGCGCCUCAAAGAGGAGGCCCAGAAACGCCGUGAGCGCAUCGAUGACAUCAAGAGGAAAAAGCUUGAAGAGCUGAGAGCCACUGGCCUUCCCGAGAAGUACUGCAUUGAAGCUGAGCGCAAAGCUAACAUCCUGCCAGCUACCUCUGUGAACUGAGGGGAGCCUUCGUGGCCCUCAGGCUGCCUUCGAGGGACAGAUUCUGCCCAGUCUCUGGGUGUCCAUAAUUGCUGCUAACCUAGACAUUUCAUAGUUACAGAUUAAAUCUACUUGACUUUAAGGAA